AUGUCUCUUUUCCAGCAGCCGCGUUGGUUACGAAAAUGGAUUCGCCGUAGAAUGAAUCCUAUGUCACUAGAUCAGGCUCACUCUUGGAAACGCCGAUUAAGUCUUUUCUACGCUAUAGUGGCAUGGAAUGCGUUUGGAGGAGUUUGCUACAUGAUUUACACCGGGCGUAACGACUGGGCUAAGUUUUACGGUCUUAAAAGCGAUGAAGAGGCACAGUUACCGCAAGCGGUUCGGUUCGCAAAGCAACUAAAUCUUCCCAACGCAAAGGUUCUUAAAUUCAAUGGACUUUCAAAAACAGAUGAAUAUGUGCUACAAGAUCUCGAGAUUGUGCGGACACCGGAUGGAAAACCUUCAACUGUAGAAUAGUAAUCA